GGAAGGCAGGAAAAAGAGAGGGCAGAUGGUGACUGUUGCUGGCUCAUAUUGCUACUCAAAAACAUCUCUCUGCGUUGAACGUCAUCUUCAUCUUUCUCUACACCUUCUAACCACACAUUUCUCCUACUACGAUUCACAAUGCCUGACCUUCCUCAGACACACCCUGAAGUCACAUGGGCUCAGCGCUCCUCGAGCACUGAUGCCGAGCGCAACUACCUCUACGUGGAUAUCAAGGCUCCCGAUGUUGCCAAGUCUGCUGCAGACCUGAAGAUCACUUCGAAAAAUGUCUCGUUCACUGGUGAAUCCAAGAAGGGUGUGAAGUAUCAUGUGUCGCUCGACUUGUACGCCGAGAUCGACCCUGAGAACAGCAAAGUGAACCACAACGACCGUGAAGUUGAGCUGGUCCUGCGCAAGAAGGAGCUGAAGGAAGAAUUCUGGCCUCGCCUGCUGGAGGUUAAGCAGAGAGUUCACUUCUUGAAGACUGACUUUGACAAGUGGGUCGACGAGGAUGAACAGGACGAAGUCCCUGACGAGGACUAUGCGAACAACUUCGGUGACUUCGGCGGUGGUGAAGGCGGUCCUGGCGGUCCUGGCGGUCCUGGUGGCCUUGGAAACAUUGACUUCUCGAAGCUGGGUGGUCUUGACCCCAGUGCACUCGGUGGCCUUGACCCCAGUGCACUUGCCGGACUUGGUGGACAGCUUGGUGGAGAGGAGGGCGAAGGUGCCGAGGGCGAAGAGGAGGAGGAAGAUAUGCCCGAGCUCGAGUCCACCGACGACAAGGGUGAGGCCAAGAGCACUAAGAUCCAAGAGGUCUCGUAAUUUCCUUCAUUUCUGUCCUUUUGCUUUACCUGAAUUCCAGAAGAAAAAAGAAUCAUCAUAAUCUUGGCGGAAUGAUUACCGGCGAUGCGUGCACUUGAUUUUCUUUUGGGCACUGGCCUAGGGUUCAUUGCCUUGGGUGUUUAUGAAAUGUUUCCUUAAAAUUGAAUGACAUGACGAGAUGAUUGACUGUGUGUCUUCAACUUUCUUGUAGUUCAAUUUUAUAAAAUGUAGUGUCGUGUGUUCGGAUUCCAACUACAUCAUAGACCACGGACCACGGCCAUACAGCAUACUCAGUCAAAUCCUACGAAAUUUGUAUUAACUAGAAAGAAAAGAAAAGCAAAUGCGAC